ACCGCGGGGCCUGGUCAGGUCAGGCCGGGUUGAGCCGAGCCGGGAGGCAGCGUGGAGCGAUGGCGGGCCCCGAGUCUCAGCAGCGCCGGCUACAGCGGGCGGUCGACACCAUGGUGCAGGGCCUGGAGAAGGAGCAGAUCCGCAAGAUGCAGGGAAGAAUGUUCCGGUGCAGUGCUGACUGCUGCGACAAUGGCAACUCGUCCAUGGAAGAGGUUCAUCAUUGUAUCGAGCGGUGCCACACCCCUCUCGCCAAGGCACAGGCUGCGGUCACCGGAGAGCUGGAGAGGUUCCAGAACCGUCUGCAGAGGUGCAUGAUGGACUGCAACGACAGGGCAAAGGAUGCCUUUGAUUCAGGAGCGAAAGAGCAGGACGUCAAGCAGAAGGCAGAAUCCUGCGUCACUAAAUGUGUGGAUGAUCAUUCAGUGCUGAUCCCAAGCAUGACCAAGGGUCUGAAGGAUUCGUUAAGAUCGAUAGCAAAGUAAAGCCGUGCCUUGCCCCUGAAGCAUAAUUUUCGGUUAAGGAGCAGUUGCUGCACCGAAGCAGGACCGUCGCAAUGAACCAAAUAUUCCAGUGCAGUCCACUCAAGUGACUAGAGACUACAGCUCACACACAGCUGUGGACCCUAGGCUUCAGAGCAAAGGCAGGGUGGCCUCAGCUGCUGCUGCAGGCCGGUGGCAAAGGAGAACAGUUGUCCAGGAACAGGAAGCACAGCUAGGGUGGGGUUACGACCUCUCGGCAGAGUUCGCACUACAUUUCACAACGCACAUGCUGUACAGUGAAAAUCAUUCUGGGGCGGUAGACUAGAAUUUAAUUGCUAUAAUUUCAUCUAGACACUGACUCUUGCUGAGGUAGCACGGUUACGUACUAGACUAUCCACUGAGUUACUCCAGCUUUUUGUGUCUAUGUUCUGUUACCAAUGCCUGGUCACUUUGUCACCUAAUGUUGGGUGGUGAGCAGAAUCUGCAGCCUGAGAAACUUCCCUCCUUCCCAUGUCCCCUUUCCUAUUUUCCCAUCCGCUGCCUGCUUUUUCCUCUACCUUUUCACCCUCUCCACCAGCACAAUUGGCUGAUUCCUCUCUCUCUUUCUUCCUCUCCACUCUUCUCACCCCCUGUCUCCAAAUCGAUGGGGCUGGCUAAGAGUGACUAGUUGCUCCAAAGUCAAUCUGUGUGUUGCUGUACCCCUGCAGUCUCUGUCGCCACCCAUGAGGGUAAGGGUGGGAGCAGACUCGUGAAGCAGAUGAUAUUUUCACUGUCACCCUGUUAAUUUGUGCUGUGGCUUUGAUGAUCAUAAUGUUAUUCAAUAACUUUUUUUGCUGUUGUAAAUGUGUCUGUGACAUUUUUCAUCUGUUAACUAAACCAGUUUAGUUUGCAAAUGGCAGUGCAUAUGUGAAAUUGUUUUGUCACCAUCUUUGCUUUAUAGAGUGUAAGUGAAAGCUGCCACAGCAUUUUGCGUUCUGUAAAGACCCUGAACCAGGUUGAAGUUAAAGGUUGUAGCAAGGGUGCAUUAAGUAGAGAGAUCAACAACCUUAAACUCAGCUGCAUUGUGGAAAUAUAAAGACUACUGAUCUCUGCCAUCAAGAGAAGUUACUUCCAGACUCGCCUAGGUCAGAGAGUGACCCCAACAAAGUCAUUGCCUCAGUAUGAUAUGUAACUGAACACAAACUUGGCACUGCACCUGCCCCCCCUAACAGGGCAAGGAUGUUAGCUCAAGGUUAACAAUAAUGGAGUCAGACAAGAAAAUAUACUUAUAAUACAAUAGAGAAUGCUGGAAAAACUCGGCAAGUCAGGCAGGCAUCUGUGGAGGGAGAAGCAAAGUUAAUUUUCAUUGUAGCUUUAGGAAUUUGUGUAAUAGCCUGGACAAACAUAUCAGCUGCAUUU